AUGGACGUGAACGGUACAGGAAAGAGUUUUAUAUUUGGCACUAGUGGAAGUAAAAUUGUAAAUCAAUGUAUUUCUAAAAAUAAAUUAAAAUGGGUUUGUUAUGGUAAAUUUGAAAAUAUUGAAUAUCAUGAUAAAGGAGAAUUUGGUACUAUAUAUAUAGCUAAAUAUAUUAGUAUUGAAGUAAUUCUUAAAUAUUUUGAUUAUCUUAAUAAUUCAGAUGAAAGUUUAAAUGAAUUGUUAAAUGAAUGGAAAAUUAUUAAUUCAGAUGAAAUUAUUAACAUAUAUGGAUUUACAAACAAGAAUAGUUUAAAAAGAUAUUUAACAGAAAUAACAAAAAGUUGGGAACAAAAAUUAUUUUAUUUAUUUCAAAUUAUUAAUAAGGGUCUUAAUGAUAUUCAUAAAAAAGAUCUUAUUCAUUAUAACUUUCAUAAUGGUAAUAUUUUAUGUAACAAGUAUGAAGAAGAUAUAUAUGGAAUUUUUAUUAGUGAUUAUUUAGGAUUAUAUCAACUUGCAAAAUCUUUUUUAAAAGAAAAUGAUAUCUAUGGAGUUUUAUCAUUUAUAGCACCUGAAAUUUUAAGAUUAUAUUCAAGCUAGUGAUAUAUAUAGUUUUUCUAUAAUUAUGUGGGAAUUUACAUCUGAAAUUCCACCAUUUAAUGAUAAAGCGCAUGAUCUUCAACUUGCCUUAAGUAUUUGUAAAGGUGAACGUCCUGAAAUUAUUGAAAAUACUCCACAAUGUUAUAUAGAUUUAAUGAAAAAAUACUGGGAUGAAGA